AUGACACGUAAUACGAAACCUUCACGGCGUCCGGAAGUUUGGAUCGAUAAUCGACUCCCUAUGGCAUAUGAUCAACAACGAACUUCAGGGGUUCGCAAAUUAGGGAAAGGCAAUCCUUUGUAUCCGGAAAAGGUGGUAAAGACAUUUGUAAGGAGCAUGAUAGUUACCGUUUAG